AUGGCUGCCCUUGCAUCCAGCGAGCUUGAUUGGAGCAAGAUUACUCUCGAGCCCGUAAUGGCUCCUACACCAACUGCAACUGGCGGCCUGGACCUGUCCGGCAUCGUCCUUGACGGUCCAGGCACCACGUCAGCCGCAGUUGGCAUCGACUUGUCAGGCUACACCCUCGAGCCGCCGGAGAGUGAUACUCCUGCGGCCGCAGACCUGGACUGGUUCAGUGUCAGCCCCGAGGGAACGACAAGUCCAACAACUACGGGCCCUAAAGCAGAUGUUCCGGAGACUGCUGAAGAUUCCCCGAGUGGCAGCACCUGUGCGGCUAGCAGGGGGUGGCCAGCAGAGCUCGUUGGCGUUCUCAUCGCGAUCAGUCUGCUUGGACUGAUCGCCAGCAGCGUGCAACUCUACCUUCUGAAGAAGAUCGUGAAACAGACGCUGGUACCGGAGGAGGUCGACGUCGAGCUAGGGAGCAGCUUUCUGGCUGGUCGUGGCUUCAUCUACUUGGAGGCAAUCGAGAACGACGACACCAAGGACUUCUAUCCGAUCGUCGCUUCCUUGGGUCGUCCCUACUAG